UCGCACCGCACAGGUGUCUUCCAAAUCAGCUGUGGGUGGUGUUCAAUUACAAUUUAAUCGUUUCGUUUUGUGUUCUGGUGCUGGGAACUGCGAUUUAAUUCAAUUAGAGGAUUGGACAUGUAGCACAGCUGGACCAGAAGCCAACAUGAAAGAAGUGGGCAUCGCUCUGCCCAAGUCCCGUGGCGUUGGCGUAGGGGUACUUGGAGCCUUCCUGUUGUGCUUCAUUUUCUACUACUUUUACGGGGGUUACAUGACGUUGGCGCUCUUCGCUGGAAUUAUCCUACUGAUAUUCUACUACGCCCAGGAUCUGCUUCUAUACCAUCCGGACCUGCCGGCCAACUCCCGCAUUUACGUGCCCAUUCCGACGAUGCACAACCUGCCCCACAUCACGGUCAGCAUCAAGACACCCGACGAUGUCACUCUGCACGCCUUUUGGAUAAGUCAGCCGGAGGAGCGCUCCAAGUCGGUGCCCACGUUGCUCUACUUCCACGGCAACGCUGGCAACAUGGGACACCGCAUGCAGAACGUCUGGGGCAUCUACCACCACCUACACUGCAACAUUCUGAUGGUGGAAUACCGCGGGUACGGCCUGUCGACAGGUGUGCCCACUGAAAGGGGCCUGGUAACUGAUGCAAGGGCGGCCAUUGAUUACCUGCACACCCGCCACGACCUGGACCACUCGCAGCUGAUCCUCUUCGGGCGCUCCCUGGGCGGAGCAGUGGUCGUCGACGUGGCCGCCGAUACCGUGUAUGGCCAGAAACUAAUGUGCGCCAUUGUGGAGAACACAUUUAGCAGCAUACCGGAAAUGGCCGUGGAGCUGGUCCAUCCCUCUGUGAAGUAUAUACCAAAUCUAUUGUUUAAGAAUAAGUACCAGUCCAUGAGCAAGAUAGGCAAGUGUUCUGUUCCGUUUUUAUUUAUAUCCGGCCUUGCGGACAACUUAGUGCCACCGCGCAUGAUGCGUGCCUUGUAUACCAAAUGCGGCAGUGAGCUGAAGCGCUUGCUUGAGUUCCCCGGAGGAUCGCACAACGACACCUGGAUAGUAGACGGGUACUAUCAGGCUAUCAGGGGAUUUCUGGCCGAGCUGCAGCAGGAGCCGUCGCCGCUCCAAAAGGCGCCGGAGAAGAGCAAUGUCUGGGUGGAGCUGGAGCAUAAAAUUAUUGAUGUAUAGCUCCUAGACCCGAAUACAUCAAGUGUUCAAUUGACUGUGUUAACACUGCGAAUGGUUUAAUACUUAUAUACACAACCACAUAAUAUUAAUCUGUAUAUGACAGGGUUUUAAUCCAGACGUUGCUAUAUGCUAUGUUGCUUUUUAUGUGCAGAGAAUAACGUGCUAGCGAUACGGCUGUUAAUUUAUAAUAACUAUGAUAAUGCGCUUCAACAAUUGAAUCCACUUAAAAACCCGAAUUUUUUCCAAACUCCUAUCUGUGCGAAGUUUAUUUGUACUGAUCUAUUUAAAACUACAAUUUGACUAAUAUAUAAUUGACGGCCUCUGAAUAUUAUGAAAACUAAUCAGUAUUUCACAAAAGAAUAAUCCCAUUUUCUGGACUGAUUUUUAGUUUGCCAGAUUUGUCCAAAAGAGCUUUUAUCCCUAGCACGUUUACAUUUUGUGCUGGUUCCAUUUUUGAAAUGUUAAACUAUUUAAUUGUUAAGAUUGCGAAGGAAGCCAGAAAAUUAUCUUAAGUUUAGACUUAAGUAAACGAAAUUGGGUAAAUUGAUAAACAAUAAACAAUGCAAACAAUUGCAAGAAUAAACAAA